AUGGGAGCCCUGGUGCCUGUGCUCUACUUGGCAAUCAUUUGCAUCUGGCUGCCCCAGGGCGAGCAGGCUGUGAAGUCCUGGCGGGUCCAGCGUCAGGCUGCAGCACCCACACUGUGGGCCAGUGCAGAGCUGGAGCCCCAGCAGGCCCCAGAAACCAGUCACAGCUACCAGGAGGAGACCCUUGCCUUAGAGGAUGCCACAACAGCGAUGAGAAGCCAGGAGGCUGAAGGCCUGGACUCUGUGGUCAUGUCUUCCUGGGAAAGGCGGCUCCAUCGGGCAAAAUGUGCACCAUCUUACUUGUUCUCCUGCUUCAAUGGGGGCGAGUGUGUAUACCCGGCCUUCUGUGACUGCAGACGCUUCAAUGCCACUGGACCACGCUGCCAAAUGGUGUACAACGCCGGGCCUGAGCGGGACAGCAUCUGCCGCACAUGGGGGCAGCACCAUGUGGAGACAUUUGAUGGCCUCUACUAUUACCUCUCUGGAAAGGGCAGCUACAUGCUGGUGGGGCACCACGAAGCUGAGGGCCAGAGCUUCUCUGUCCAGGUGCAUAAUGACCCACAGUGCGGCUCGGCCCCCUAUACCUGCUCAAGAUCUGUCAGUCUCUUCCUUGCGGGUGAGCAGGAGAUUCGUCUGGCCAAGGAGGUCACCCAUGGAGGCAUGAGAGUCCAACUGCCACAUGUGAUGGGAGGUGUGCAUCUGCAGCAGCUGGCGGGCUAUGUCAUUGUGCGACAUCGGUCAGCCUUCACACUGGCUUGGGAUGGUGCCUCAGCGGUCUACAUCAAGAUGAGCCCAGAGUUCCUGGGCGGGACACAUGGGCUGUGUGGAAACAACAAUGCUGACCCCCAGGAUGACCUGGUAACCAGCUAUGGGAAGCUGACAGAUGAUGUGACUGAAUUUGUGCACAGCUGGCAGGAGCAGCCUCCCAACCACCCUCCAGGGCCUGUAACUUCUUCUCUUCCUCGCCCACCAUGCCUCCAGCAGAGUCUGGGAACCAUGCAGGGUGUGUAUGAGCGAUGUGAGGCACUGCUAAGGACACCCUUUGAUGCCUGCCAUGCCUAUGUCAGCCCUCUGCCCUUCACAGCCAGCUGUACCAGUGAUCUAUGCCAAUCAGGAAGUGAUGAAGCCACCUGGUGCCGAGCACUGACAGAAUAUGCUCGGGCAUGCGCACAAGCUGGGCGGCCCCUGCAGGGCUGGAGGGCCCAUCUUCAACAAUGCACUGUGCACUGCAAAGAGAAGGUCUUUACCUACAAUGAGUGCAUCACCUGCUGCCCUGCUUCCUGUCAGUCCCGGGUGUCCUGCGUGGACAGCGAGAUCGCUUGUGUGGAUGGCUGCUACUGUCCCAAUGGGCUGAUCUUCGAGGAUGGGAGCUGUGUGGCACCAGCUGAGUGUCCCUGUGAGUUCCAUGGAACCCUGUACCCGCCUGGCUCUGUGGUGAAGGAAGACUGCAAUGCCUGCACCUGCACUGCUGGCAAAUGGGUGUGCAGCACAGCUGUUUGCCCAGCGGAAUGCUCAGUGACUGGUGACAUCCAUUUCACGACCUUUGAUGGGCGUCGAUAUACAUUUCCUGCCACAUGUCAGUACAUCCUGGCCAAGAGCCGCUCGUCAGGCACCUUCACGGUGACGCUGCAGAAUGCGCCAUGUGGUCUGAAUCAGGAUGGAGCCUGUGUCCAGUCAGUGUCAGUCAUUCUGCACCAGGAUCCUCGGAGGCAGGUGACCCUGACCCAGGCAGGGGACGUCCUUCUUUUUGACCAGUACAAGAUCACCCCACCCUACACAGACGAUGCUUUCGAGAUCCGGAAGCUGUCCUCUGUGUUCCUGAGGGUGAGGACCAACGUAGGUGUGCGGGUGCUCUAUGACCGGGAAGGGUUGCGGCUCUACCUGCAGGUAGACCAGCGAUGGGUGGAGGACACCGUGGGCCUCUGUGGCACCUUCAAUGGCAACACACAGGACGACUUCCUGUCCCCAGUGGGUGUGCCUGAGAACACCCCACAACUCUUUGGUAACUCUUGGAAAACACUGUCUGCCUGUUCCCCAUUGGCUCCUGGCUCUCUGCUGGACCCCUGUGAUAUGCACCUGCAAGCUGCCUCUUAUGCACUGCAGUCCUGCAGCGUGCUCACAGGGGAGCUGUUUGCGCCCUGCUCUGCCUACCUGAGUCCUGUACCCUACUUGGAGCAGUGCCGCCGGGAUGCCUGUCGCUGUGGGCAGCCCUGCCUGUGUGCCACGCUGGCCCACUAUGCCCGCCUGUGCUGGCGCCAUGGGCUCCCAGUGGACUUCCGUGCUCACCUGCCAGCUUGUGCACUGUCCUGUGAGGCCACCAAGGAGUAUAGCCCUUGUGUGGCCCCUUGUGGACAAACCUGCCAGGAUCUGGCCAAUCCUGAGCCUUGUGGGGUUGAUAGUGGCGAUAACUUCAGCAGGGACGAAUGUGUGGAAGGCUGCACCUGCCCACCAGACACAUAUCUGGACAUGCAAGCUGACCUUUGUGUCCCCAGGAACCAGUGCUCCUGCCACUUCCAAGGAGUAGAUUAUCCUCCGGGGGACAGUGACAUCCCAUCCUUGGGCCACUGCCAUUGCAAAGAUGGUGUCAUGAGCUGUGACAGCAGAGCCCCAGCUGUAGCCUGCCCAGAAGGCCAGGUCUUUGUGAACUGUAGUGACCUGCACACAGACCCGGAGCUGAGCAGGGAGAGGACAUGUGAGCAGCAGCUGCUGAACUUGAGCGUGCCAGCUCGGAACCCUUGCCUGUCAGGCUGUGCCUGUCCCCAGGGCCUGCUUAGGCAUGGGGACAUGUGUUUUCCACCAGAGGAGUGCCCUUGCACUUGGAAGGGGAAGGAGUAUUUCCCUGGGGACCAGGUGAUGUCACCCUGUCAUACUUGUGUGUGCCAGCGGGGCUCAUUCCUGUGUACCCUGCACCCCUGCGCCUCAACCUGCACUGCCUAUGGUGACCGGCAUUACCGCACAUUUGAUGGGCUCCCAUUCGACUUUGUAGGGGCCUGCAAAGUACACCUGGUCAAGAGCACAUCCAAUUUCAGCUUCUCUGUGAUUGUAGAAAAUGUGAACUGCUACAGCUCUGGCAUCAUCUGCAGGAAGUUUAUUUCCAUCAACGUUGGGAACUCACUCAUCAUCUUUGAUGAUGACUCAGGGAACCCUAGUCCCGAGAGCUUCCUGGAUGAGAAGCAGGAAGUCCACACCUGGCGAGCAGGGUUCUUCACGCUCGUGCAUUUCCCACGGGAGCACAUCACCCUCCUGUGGGACCAGAGAACCACCGUGCACAUCCAAGCUGGGCCUCAGUGGCAGGGUCAGUUGGCAGGCCUGUGUGGGAACUUCGACUUAAAAACCAUCAAUGAGAUGCACACCCCGGAGAACCUAGACUUAACAAACCCCCAGGAGUUUGGCAGCAGUUGGGCUGCAGUUGAGUGCCCAGAAACUCUGGACCCCAGGGACACCUGUGUUCUGAAUCCUCUCCGAGAGCCAUUCGCCAGAAAGGAGUGCGGCAUCCUCCUCAGCUCCGUGUUUGAGACCUGCCACCCAGUGGUUGAUGUCACUUGGUUUUACUCAAACUGCCUGACCGACACAUGCGGAUGCAGCCGGGGUGGUGACUGCGAGUGCUUCUGUGCCAGCGUGUCUGCCUAUGCCCACCAGUGCUGCCAGCACGGGGUGGCUGUGGACUGGAGGACCCCCCGCCUCUGCCCAUAUGAUUGUGACUUCUUUAACAAAGCACUAGGUAAGGGCCCCUAUCAGCUGUCCAGCGUGGCGGCUGGUGGUGCCCUGGUGGUCAUGAAGGUGCUGGGAAAUGACAUAGCCCUAGUGAGGGCAAAGGAUGUGGCUCCAGGAGACAUUGUGAGCUUCUUGCUGACAGCUGCUCUGUACAAGGCCAAGGUCCACGACCCGGAUGUGGUAUCCCUGGAAGCAGCAGACAGACCCAACUUCUUCCUCCAUGUCACAGCCAAUGGGUCUUUAGAACUGGCUAAGUGGCAGGGCAGUGAAACCUUCCACAACCACGCCUCCUUCUCACUGCAUCGAGGGACAUGGCAGGCAGGCCUGGUGGCCCUGGAGUCCCUGGCAAAACCUGGCUUCUUCUUCCACGUGUCUGGCCUGGGACUGGCCUUGCGGCUGUAUGAGCACACAGAGGCCUUCCGCCAGGGCACACUCUUCCAUCUUCUGGAUGCUAAGCCCUCAGGAGCUGCCUACCCCAUCUGUGAGUGGCGCUACGAUGCCUGUGCCAGCCCCUGCUUCCAAACCUGCCGGGACCCCCAGGCAGCCAGCUGUCAGGAUGUGCCCAGGGUAGAAGGAUGUGUCCCUGUGUGCCCUGCUCCCAAGGUCCUGGAUGAAGUUACACAGAGAUGUGUCUACCGGCAGGACUGUGUAGAGCCAACGGUUUGGAUUCCCACAGAGGCACCUGGCAACAAGACCUUGGCAUCCAGUCAAGUCCUGAGCACUCUCAGUGACAAGCAGCUGCAGCCUCCACUGGACACAACCAGGGCCCCCAGUCACGAGCCUGCCCUCACCCCAACCAUCCCCUUUACCUCAGCCUCAAACCCACCAAUGGCAGCCACCAAAGGGUCAAUGCUGGCCUCAGGUCCCACCAAGCCUGCCCUGCAGCAUCUGACAGGGUUCACUGUGUCCAAUCUCCCUGCCCACCCCACAGAGGCCCCUGGCAGCAAGGGAGUGACCACCACCUUCCGGGCAACCUCCCACCUCCUGGAAUCCUCGUCUCAUCCCAUGUUGAUGCACACACCCACACCUGGCAUGUUAUCAGGAGCCACGGAGACAACCAAGGUGACCAUGACCUUUGCAGGGAGCCACAAUGUCACAGUUUCCUCCCGAUCAUCCCCUGUACCUCGCUUCCCAUUUGUGACCAAAGCUGUGACAGUCCCAGCUCGUGGCUCUUUGCCUGUUAGGACAACGCUCCUGCAGCCCUCCUUGCCAGCAAGUUCCUCCUCCAAGCCUGUGGCUUCCCCUGGAGUUACCUCCAGCUCUGCCACCUCCUCGAGGUCCCACAAAUCCUUGCUGACAUCUGCAGUGACUAAGGUUAUGAACAAGACAGGGAUGCCCCAGCCCACCCAGGCGAGCCUUUCAAGUCCCAGUAGCCCCCUGGCCAUGGCGAGUGCAGCUGCAGCUUGGGCUCCUGUCAGCCCUCUUGUCACCAAGGGCAUGGAGGUGUUGUCAUCCACAGAGAAGGGAGAGCUUGAGCACAGCCAUCCUGUGGGAAUGCCAGUGUCCUCACAUGCAAGCCCAGUCCCCACUGCCCUGCCCCAUCCAGCCCAACAUACUACCGUAGCCACCAGGCCUCCAACUCUGCUCCCAGGGACCUCAGCUGCUGCUGGCCCAUCCACAGUUGCUCACGGCGUGGGGGCUACAGCUUUAGGGUCUCUGGAAUCAACUCGUCCAUCCCAGCUCCUCUCUGGCCUGCCUCCUGACACCAGCCUGCCCCUGGCCAAAGUGGGCACAUCUGCUCCAGCGGCCACACUCGGCUCCAAAGGCUCUGUUCUCACCCCUCCACUUCAGCCGCAGGCCACAUCUCUGGCGGUGGCCACAAUUCCCCCUGCUCAGACACUGAGCCCAGCAGUGCCUCUCACCCCAGCUGUGAUAGCUCAGGUGCACCCACCCAGCCAUGUGACACCCCAGGUAACAGGCACAGCACCAAGUCUCCUUUUGGCAACCACACUGCCAACUUCUGGAGUCAUGGCCAUGCCUGCAGGGGCAGCUCCCACAGUAUCUAUUGCCUCACGCAAGAGCACCACCCAGAAAAUGGCCAUUCUUUCUAAGCAAGUAUCCCUGCCCACUUCCCUCUAUAGCUCUGUCCAAGGCAGAUCCACUGAGCUCACACCUACUGUACGCCACACUGUUGCCCCCCUGGUGACAAAAGCUGAGGGCCCUUGGGCUGGCACUGUGCCAGUGGUGCCUACAUCCUAUCCCUUGAGCCACUCCUCAGCCAGGACAGCCUCCCGGGAAAGCUCUCUAGUUCUGCUGCCUCAGCUGGUGGAAGCCCAUGGGACCUCAGCAGGACCCCAACCCCCAGAAGAGCCAGUGGGCGAGGCCACCACAGAACAGUCUGGACGCUCCGCACCAGCCCAGGGCAUCGCACAAGGGUCAGCAGAGGCCUUUGUGACUUCCAUGGAGGCGAAUGCAUCUGCCAGCUGUGUUCCCAUUGCUGAGCAGGACUGCGUCCGCCAUAUUUGUCUAGAAGGCCAGCUGAUCCGUGUGAACCAAUCCCAGCACUGUCCUCAGGGUGCUGCACGCCUUCAUUGUGGGGUCCUAGGCCUUGCUGUUCGGGUGGGUGGAGAUCGCUGUUGCCCCAUCUGGGAGUGUGCCUGCCGAUGCUCAAUCUUUCCUGACUUGAGCUUUGUGACCUUUGAUGGAAGCCACGUGGCCCUGUUCAAGGAAGCCAUCUACAUCCUCAGCCAGAGCGCAGAUGAAAUGAUCACUGUCCAUGUCCUGGAUUGCAAAAGUGCCAACCUGGGACACUUGAACUGGCCCCCAUUCUGUCUGGUGAUACUGAAUGUGACUCAUCUGGCCCAUCAGAUUACCAUCGAUCGCUUCAACAGGAAGGUGACCAUGGAUUCCCAGGCUGUGUGGCCACCUGUAAGCAGGUAUGGGUUCAGAAUUGAGGAUACAGGCCACAUGUAUGUGGUCCAGACACCCUCAAACCUCCAGAUCCAGUGGCUCCACAGCUCAGGACUCAUGAUCCUGGAGGCUAGCAAAGCCAGCAAAGGCCAAGGCCGUGGCCUAUGUGGUAUCUGUGAUGGAGAUGCAGCCAAUGACCUCACCUUAAAGGAUGGGUCUGUGGUGGGUGGAGCUGAGGCCGAGGACCCUGCUCCCUUUUUGGACAGCUGGCAAGUGCCCAGUUCCUUGACUUCAGAGGGCCAGACCCGCUUCCGCCCAGACAGCUGCACCACGGCUGACUGCUCUCCCUGCCUCCGUAUGGUGUCCAACCACACCUUCAGUGCCUGCCACCGCUUUGUCACCCCAGAGUCAUUCUGUGAGCUGUGGAUCCGGGACACCAAGUACGUGCAGCAGCCCUGCGUGGCACUGACUGUAUAUGUGGCUAUGUGCCACAAGUUCCACGUGUGUAUUGAGUGGCGGCGUUCUGACUAUUGCCCCUUCCUGUGCUCCAGCGACUCCACCUACCAGGCAUGCGUAGCAGCCUGUGAGCCCCCUGAGACAUGCCAGGAUGGGCUUCUGGGCCCACUGGACGCUGAGCAGUGCCAGGUAUUGGGAGAAGGCUGUGUGUGCUCUGAGGGCACCAUCCUGCACCGGCGCCACUCUGCACUCUGCAUCCCUGAGGACAAGUGUGCCUGCACCGACAGCACAGGGGUGCCCAGGGCCCUGGGGGAGACCUGGAACAGCUCUCUCAGUGGGUGCUGCCAGCACCAGUGCAAAGCCCAAGACACCAUUGUCCCUGUGGAUCUGGACUGUCCGGGUCCCCGGCCUGAAAGCUGCCCACGCUUUGGGGAGGUCAUCUUGUUCCUGCCUACUGAGGACCCCUGCUGCCUGGGAUCUGUCUGUGUGUGUAACCAGACUCUGUGUGAAGGGCUUGCCCCCACCUGCCGCCCAGGGCACCGGCUCCUCACCCACUUUCAGGAGGACUCUUGCUGCCCCAGUUACAGCUGUGAAUGUGACCCUGAUCUGUGCGAGGCAGAGCUGAUUCCCAGUUGCCGCGAGGACCAGAUCUUGAUCACAGGCCGUCUGGGGGACUCAUGCUGCACUUCCUACUUCUGUGCCUGUGGCGAUUGUCCAGAUCCCAUCCCUGAGUGUCAGGAAGGGGAGGCACUCACUGUGCACAGGAACACCACGGAACUCUGCUGCCCUCUGUACCAGUGUGUGUGUGAGAGCUUUCGUUGCCCCCAAGUGCAGUGUGGCAUAGGCACUGCCCUGGUGGAGGUAUGGAGCCCGGACCGCUGCUGUCCCUACAAGUCCUGUGAAUGUGACUGUGAUACUAUUCCUGUGCCUCGGUGCCAUCUGUGGGAGAAGUCCCAGCUGGACCAGGAGUUCAUGCAUAGCAUGGAGAAUGUGUGUGGCUGCGCCAAGUACGAGUGUGUAAAAGCGCCCGUGUGUUUGAGCCGCGAGCUGGGAGUGAUGCAGCCUGGCCAGACAGUGGUGGAGCUCUCGGCAGAUGGUGUGUGCCACACCUCUCGCUGCACAGAUGUGCUGGACCCCCUCACCAGCUUCUACCAGAUCAAUACUACUUCUGUGCUGUGUGACGUUCACUGUGAGGCGAACCAGGAGUAUGAGCACCCACGGGAUCUGGCAGCCUGCUGUGGCUCCUGCAGGAAUGUGUCCUGCCUCUUUACUUUCCCCAACGGCACCACCUCCCUGUUCUUGCCAGGGACAUCUUGGAUUGCAGACUGUGCCCGCCACCACUGUGGCAGCACUCCCCUGGGUGCUGUGCUUGUUCGCUCGCCCAUCAGCUGCCCACCACUCAAUGAGACAGAGUGUGCCAAGGUCGGGGGCUCUGUUGUACCUUCCUUGGAAGGAUGUUGCAGGACAUGUAAAGAGGAUGGACGCUCCUGCAAGAAGGUGACCAUUCGCAUGACCAUCCGCAAGAAUGAAUGCCGGAGCAACACUCCUGUGAAUCUGGUAUCCUGUGAUGGAAGAUGCCCAUCCGCCAGCAUCUACAACCAUAACAUCAACACCUAUGCUCGCUUCUGCAAGUGCUGCCGUGAGGUGGGGCUGCAGCGGCGCUCUGUGCAACUCUUCUGUGCCACCAAUGCCACCUGGGUGCCCUACACGGUGCAGGAACCCACUGACUGCGCCUGCCAGUGGUCCUGAGGCCUGGAUGCCUCAUCCCCACUACUCACACAUUCUAGCUGGCCCAGGGAGAGUGACAGGAUGGUUAAGGGUGGUGGA